GCUCCGCGGCGGCCCGGCUAGAUGGCGCCUCAGCGGAGGGGCCCGCCCAGGACGGCCGAAAGUAGCGGGACUGCCGAGCGGCGGCGCCCAAGCAGCACCAAGAAGGACCGGGAGCUGAGGGAGGCAUGGAGGGCGAGGCUGAAGAGCCUGGGCCUGGGGGCUGCCCUGGCACUGGCCUUGAUCCUGAUCUGGAGCCGCCUGGGGGCCGAUGAUGGUGUUGCCCAGGUCCUGGCCCGACGUGGUGAGGUCCUGGAGGGCAGGUUCAUUGAAGUGCCCUGCUCUGAGGACUAUGAUGGCUACCGAAGAUUCGAAGGCUGCACGCCCAGGAAGUGUGGCCGGGGCGUCACCGACGUGGUCAUCUCCAGGGAGGAAGCAGAGCGCAUUCGCAGAGUGGCGGAGAAGGGGUUCUCCCUGGGCGGAUCUGAUGGAGGGGCGUCCAUUCUGGACUUGCACUCGGGGGCCCUGUCUGUCGGGAAGCACUUUGUGAACCUGUACAGAUUCUUUGGGGAUAAAAUACAGACCAUCUUCUCGGAAGAGGACUUCCAGUUGUACCGGGACGUGCGGCGGAAGGUGCAGCUCGCCAUCACCGAGGCGUUUGGCCUCCGGGCCUCCGCGCUGUGCCUGACAAAGCCCACGUUCUUCUCCCGCAUCAACAGCACGGAGGCGCGCACGGCCCACGACGAGUACUGGCACGCGCACGUGGACAAGGUGACCUAUGGCUCCUUUGACUACACCUCGCUGCUGUACCUGUCUGACUACCAGGAGGACUUUGGCGGAGGGCGCUUCAUGUUCGUGGAGGAAGGCGCCAACAAGACGGUGGAGCCCAGAGCAGACGAUGCUGGGCACAUUUCUGGGCGUUCUUACAUCCGGGGGCCUUUUGUGAAGUGUCUGUCUGCAUCUACCCUGGUUUAUCCAAGCUGUCUUCUUAGUGAGUAUAAAGCGUCUGUAUGUUCUGGGUAAAAGUCCUUUACUGGGUAUAUAUUUUGUCAGUGUAUUCUCUCAGUAUGUGGCUGGCCUCCCAUCUUCUUAAUUGUGUCUUUUGAAGGGAAUAACCUUCAACUCUUAGUGAAAUCUUGCUCACUGACCUUUUUCUUUUAUGGCUCGUGCUUUUGGAUAAUACCUAAUAAACUUUGCCCACCCAAAGAUUGUAGAGACUUUUC